ACCCCGCGAGGAGUCAUGGUCAUGGCUUCCCGGCGCUGUGUGCUGGCAGUCCUGCUGCUGCAGCUCUGCUGCUCUGGUGGGUUCGGCGGGAAGGUCCUCGUGUGGCCCUGUGACAUGAGCCACUGGCUCAACACCAAGUGCAUCCUGGAGGAGCUCACCAGGAGGGGCCAUGAAGUGACGGUGCUGACCCAGCCCCAGACCACUCUCCUUGAUUACCAGGCACCUUCUCCACUAAAAUUUGAGAUUGUGGUGUUUUCUCUGGGGUCAAUUGUCCAAAAUCUUACAGAAGAAAAAAGUAAUCUCAUUGCUUCAGCCUUGGCCCAGAUUCCACAGAAGGUUUUGUGGCGACACAAAGGGAAGAAGCCAGCCACAUUAGGAGCCAAUACUCAGCUCUAUGAUUGGAUACCCCAGAAUGACCUUCUCGGUCAUCCAAAAACCAAAGCUUUCAUCACCCAUGGUGGAAUGAAUGGGGUCUAUGAAGCUAUUUAUCAUGGGGUCCCCAUGGUGGGAAUUCCACUAUCUUGUGAUCAGCCUGAUAACAUUGCUCGCAUGAAGGCCAAAGGUGCAGCCGUGGAGGUGAACUUGAACACAAUGACGAGUGCAGAUUUGCUCAGGGCUUUGCGAACAGUCAUUAAUGACCCUUAUUAUAAGGAGAAUGCUAUGAAAUUAUCAGGAAUUCACCAUGACCAGCCAAUGAAGCCCCUGGAUCGAGCAGUCUUCUGGAUCGAGUUCGUCAUGCGCCAUGGAGGAGCCCAGCACCUGCGGGCUGCAGUCCAUGACCUCAGCUGGGCCCAGUACCACUCCCUGGACGUGAUUGGCUUCCUGCUGGCCUGCGGGGCAGCUGUGAUGUUCCUCCUCACAAAGUGCUGUCUGCUCUGCUACCGGAAGUUUGCUGCCCCGAGGAAGAAGGGGAAGCAGGACUAGCUGGGUCCCAGAACUGAAGCUGGGAUCUUCACCUGUGGGUCCCCCAGGUGAAUGCCAGCAAGAGGGGCGUUA